GAAAUGCCGCCGCCGUCUAUUCAAGUUCAGAAGGACACCACACCUAUCGUGAUCAAUAAUGAAGAUGUCACCGCUACACCGGCCAUGACCACGAUGGAAUCCACGGAGAACAUGCCAUCAGAAUCAGUGACUGACCAUCCAAAGGACAUCACUACCACUACUGUCAAAGCUUCAACAACGCUCAGACUCACUACGUUACUGGUAUUCGUCAUCACUUUGCGAAUGUUCUAG